UUGGGGAGCAAUCGGCCUGUUUCAGGGAGCGAGAGCUGGGCGCCCCCGCCGCUCGGACUCAAUCAGAACAGCUUUCCCCCCGCCCCCCGGGAGAGAGAGAAAAUCCGAUGGAAAAAUGCGCAGAUCUUAACAAGAGGCGGGGAACUUUACUGAGCUGCGGAAGCAGUGUUCGCGGGAAUUCGGCAGCGCCGCAUAAAAAGAGCCAGUUAGAUUCUUCUGUAAAUUGUGUACAAACCUUAGAACUGAUCAAGCCAACAGUCUUUAAAGUUUCCAUCAAGGACAAGUAUGAAAUUAGAACAACAGACAUAUGCCCAUCUCUCAAACAACCUCCUGAUUCUUCUCAACUAAAUCUAGGUAAAGUAACAGCAUGGAGUAAUACAAAUUCCGUCCCUACCUCACUAAAGAGGCAAACUACUCAAAGUUGGCACACAAGAACAGAACCUCAAAGAUGUCCUCCCAGAUCAACAAAUCCAAAAGACAAAACACCACUUGAGAACAAAAUGUCUUUUAUUGCAGCAUUCGGGACAAAAUGUGGCCUUCUGGAGCGAACAAGCAGCAGGGCAUCUUCAUGCCGUAGCCUUACAUUCUCAAAGAAUGAAUCAAAAAUCCAGGAACUCAAAUUUCAAAGUUUAGACGAUGAACUAGAAAAUCUUAUUCAACAGAUUAUUGACGAACAGCAUAUUACAAGUGAAGACAAUACAAGUCCUAACCAUGAUGCUGAAGACCAUAUUUCAAAGAAAGAAAUGGUGAUGGAAACACCUUGUGAAACAGUUGCUUCAUCUGUGACUCUUGAUUCAGAAUUUCAGCAGACUGAAGUAAAUGUCCAUGAAACACUUCACCUCUACCUGCCUAUCCAUGACAUUCAAGAGGAGGAGGAGUUCACAACCACAGGGGAACCAUGUGAAGAUGUUUCACAGAAUCUUGAGGUAUCCAGUGGAGAUUUAAAGAGAAAACAGAAUUACAAAAAUACUAAAACAAAGCAAGAAGAGAAGAAUGGCAACUGGAUCAAAGAUUCUGCCUGGGCAUCUCCGCCUGGCAGUAGAUUCAAAGAUCACAUGCAGAGAAGAUUAACACAUGCAAGGAAGAGUGUCCCAGCUCCUGCAGUUAAUGUAAAUUCAAUAGAACAAAAAAAGUACUCUGAAAUAUUGGAGGAUCCCUGGAGCAGACUAAACCAAACACAACCAUUAAAGCACAAUUACAUCGACCGUCCAAUGUUUGAUUUAACCAUAUAUGACUUGGAAGCUGAACUGGACAAUACCAACAGACUCCAGGAGGGUAUAUAUAUCAACAAUUCAUAG